CCCGGCCGCGCUCAUUACUCUCUUCCUUGCUUAUACUACUAGUGCCGCUAGUAUUACCGCAUCUACUUCUUAUUCAUCCUUUGCAUAAUAGUAAUAUUAUUGUAAAUAGUAUACUGUUACUACUAUGAAUGUUUCUGUUGUAAUCUGCGCCCCCCUCUCUCUCUCUCUCUCUUUGUCUAUAGCAUAUGCCUUUGUCUUUAUUUUGCCAUAACUACGACGGUGUUUACGUACAAUGGAUAAUUUUCCCGUGAAAAUAUCAAGGACUCGGUGCUCGUGUUACGAUACUAUGGAUUAUUAUUAGUUUAUCGGUAUUUGAUUAAAGAAGGUAUAUACGUGCCCUAUGUUAACCCUCGAAUGGCGGUGCUUCGACUCCGAGGGUUAAGAAUGCAUUGUUUAUCAGAAGGGAAGAGUAGGCCUCAGUGUCGACAAAGUGUCGCAGGAAUUCGAUCGAGAGAAGUAAAGCUUGUGAAAUAGCUUCACGUGGGCGAAGAAUACGACUACAUUAUUCCCUUAACCCUUUUACUAUGGACGACGUCCAUAUAUGUAUAUACGUAAUGGGAAAUCGGUUGUUAAUUGCAAAAUGCGUAUCGCAAACGGCUGACGAGAUUAGUAAUAAAUAAAUAAAUUAUGAAUCAAGAUUUAGCAGGUUGUUGAAAUUGAACGUUGCAAGCUCUGCACCGAGAAACCGGUAUCAUCGCGAGGCAUAAAUUUCAAGCGCAUUGCUUUUGAAAAUCCAACGUUUCAUUUAGAAAUCGCCAGAGAUAGCGGACCUUUGGAUCGAUCGAGAUCUAACGCGUUGGCGUGUCGAGGUUUCUUCGCGCAGUCUCGAAACUGUCUUUCCCCUCUCAUUCUCUCGUGUAAUUUCUUUUUUACCGGCGCGUAAUUUCAUCGUCGUACCGUGUUAUAGACGAGCUCGUGAUUGGAGAACGCGAAUUAACGAGAAUUAGUAAAAAGAAAAAGUUAGGUCAUGCAUUGACAGUGUUAGCAAAGAAAUCGAAGGAAAAAGUCUAAUACGCAUGCAGCGGAAUUCAUCGAGCUAUGACCAAAAUUUUCCCUUUCUCCUCUUAUGUAUCGGCCUUGAUCCACAAACUAAGCACUGUAUACACUAAUGCUUUUCUAAUCUGCAAAAACGAUAGCAGUCGUUUUUUACACGUAAUAAUAUCGUUUCAGCGUAAUACGCGUAGCGCGAAAUUCGAACUGUCUUGCGUGUUUCAAUGUGCAAACGUGUGCAAAACCGUGUUUCCUUGGUUCUGUUCGUCGAGUGCACAGUGAACGUUGAAAAGCCAGUGAAAGAAGUAUCUUGGAAAAUCAUAAUUCCUAUUUCUUUAUCGGGUUCCAUCGAAGGAGGAUACGUGUUUCCCAACGCGCCGCGCAGAGAAAUAAUAAAAGUACACGAGAGCGGUGUAGAGCGGCGGAGUAAAGGGUGAAAUCAAGUGUGUCGUAAUCGUUCGAGGGGCGGAGAAAGUAUCGUUCGAGAUGUUUUCAACGAUUCCAGAUGCUCUCUAGAUGAGUCCACGUUGUGUAUCAAACGAAGAAAAGAAAAAUCGUUCUGAUUUUGCAUGGAAAGAAGAAGAAGAAGAAGAAAAAAAAAGGAGGAAAAAUUCACAUCGUGUAACAUUUUAACGAGCUAACGUUUCUUCGGCAACCAGCUGCUUUUUGAUUCCGUGAUAUUAAUCGCGAUUUUACCGCUAUCGAGGAGCAACCAGCAGCUACGAGUUUCCUCGAGGCAGAACGCGGCGAGGAUGAUUUCGCGCGCUUUGAACAACGCUUGAAACGCGUGACGAGUCGAGUUUAAAAUCCGUCCUUCUCAUCCUCGUCCUGGUCUUUGCCAGCUUAAGUUAUUUUCCAUGCGAUUGUUGUCCGUCGAAACGGUUUUUGUCAAGGGAUCGUGAAUCUGUGGACGAAGGGCGAAAAGGGAAGAGUAGAAGGUCGAUGAAGAAGAAGAAGAAGAAGACGAAGAAGAAGGAGGAAAAGGAGGAGGAGGAGGAGGAACGAGGCAGCCACAGCGUCGAAAAAGGAAAGCCACGCUGAUUCGCGACUGGAAGACCUCGGUGUUGCACCUUAAGAUCGCAGAAACGCUCGAGCGUGCGAGGAAAGGAAGGAAGAUACCAACGAAAGAGAGAAAAGGAGACUGGUAGUAGAACCAGUGUGGGUUCAGGUGUUCUCUGUUGCUCUUCGGCUGGCUGGAAGGACUCGCGGAGGACCAAACCAGCCCUUCGAUUCUUCGCUGGCUCCUUCGAAAGGAUAUUUGCUUCGAAUUGCGCGAUAACUUGCGAAAACCAAGUCGAGGUUGAAGGGAACGGAAUUGAGAUUUCCAUUCUCGUCGAAGGAAAAUGAAACUCGAGGUCGUAAUCUGCUUAGUCGUAAAAUUCAUAUUGCAAAUUAUUCGAACAGCUUGAUCGGUGUGUAGACUAAUCAAGAAACAAGAUCCUAUACAUAUGGAGAUACUGGAAGAAAAAAUCGCGAAGACGAAACGGCGAAAGGAUAAAAUGCCAGCUGACGAGUCGACGGUUUGAACGAUGAGACCGUUGUCCUUCGAGAACUUGAGGAGGCUCGUGGGUCGCAAGAAGGACCGCAACGAGCCGUCCUUCAAGCGCAGCGAGUCCUUCAAAAGGAUAUCGAUAAGGAAAAGUUAUCUAGACCGGGGCAAACGUCGUAACAAGCUUCAGAAAAGCUUGGAACCGACCGUUCCUCCUACCAUCGAUACAAAUUCGAACGAGAAACCGAUCGAGAAGAGUGUCAUUAAGGAUCAGAAAGCGAAGAAACUUCAGGAUGACACGUUGACUCGCGAGUCCAUCAGUUACGACGAAUGGUUGCAAGGUGUCAGUUCGUCCUCGCGGGAGAAACUCGACCAGGUGCAUCGGGAGCAACAGCAGAACAAGCAAAACAGGCAACAUGGCGUGGCGAAGAGUAAAACUAGCAGCAAGUUUCAAAAGCAGAACGAUGCCGAUCACGUGGCUGAAGAUUUGAAAGUUCUCGAGCUGAAUGGAUCGCCGGUGUUGCACGCGAAAUCGUUUAAAAUUUCGAGUGAAACUGUUCAGGAGAAAAGCGGUAGUCAGCAGGAUAUUCUGCAGAUUCAGGAGCCUUCCGUGGAAGGACCUCCUAGUGUUAGCAUAAGUUUGGGUAGAAUUUGGAGGGACGCGGUACCGGUACCGUUUCCUUCGCCGUCUGGACCAUCGGUUCACCAUUCUCUGGACAGUGCUUUGAAGGAGAGGAAACCUCAGCCUACAGUGGCGAGAACGGUGUCCGCUCCGGAGAAGAGCGUCAUUGGAAAGGAUGCAUCGUCCGCGUUUGGCUUUUCGCUUAGGAUCGCCAGGCUGGCUGAUUUUCGAGCAGGGGGUACGAGAAAUGGUUUCUUUAACCGAAGAAAGUCCAAACCAUCUCCGAGCAUGAGCGGCGAGGGUUACUUCAAGCGAAGCAACGCUUCGAGACGAUCCAGUUCUCGACGACACGGAAAACGCGCCUCGCAGAAGACGAAGAAGUCAUCUCGUCCACCGAGAUCGAACAGCCCGGUGUGGUUCGUUCCACCGGAAAGACGUCGUUCGAGACGUCAACGACGAGUGUGGCGAGAGAUCAGAUACUUUCCCGAAACUGUGCUACCCGUAGUGGAGAAAAUCGACGAAUGGUCGUCGAAUUUAUCGGACGAUCAAUUCGACGACGCUAAAUUGCUACUUUCCGGUGAUUUCAACGACAGACCGGAAGGUGGAUCGAACUCUCCGGUCUCGUCCUCUUUGGGCUCGUUCUCCGCCACUUCUUCGUCGUCGUCCGCUUGCAGACCACCAAAGAUCAGCGACUUCAACGAGGACAAACUAUUCUCGGAAGAAUUGAGAAACAACGGUGUUCUCGCGCGAAGAACAACAUGGAGACCUAUCACUUCCAAUUAUUUCGCGAGCAAUCAGUUCCUCAGUUUCCUGUCGAAAGGCUCGAGCAACCUUGUUCACGGGAAAGAUAAGACGAGGCCGGAUUCGUUGAUGUAUUAUAGGUGUUUAUCGUCCAGCGACAGCGAGACCGAAGACGAGUCGAAUAAGUUUGACGGUGAACGGAGGAAAAAUUCGCACGUUACUCAUAGGCAGCAACAAUUAAAGAGACAGAGGUCGGGACUUCGAAGAAGACCUCUCAGAAGAAAAUCCCAGCUUCGAAAGGCUUCCUCUGGACAACCGGUGUUUCUUGUCAGGAAGUGCUCCUCCUUGAGGAAAAGACCUAGGGACAUUACACAGAAGGGCUACGAAAAGAAACGGACACGUCUACUUCAGCAAUAUGCCUCGAAGCAGCUGGGGGCUGAAAACGAUGGAGGAGGAGGUGGAGGAGGAGGUGUCUGCGUCCUCGGUAUCACUGGGGUGGAGAGAACGGGUUAUGGAAGCGGUGGAGGUGGUGGAGGUGGUGGUGGUGGUGUCGUUGGGGGUAUCGGCGUCGGCGUCGGCGUCGGUGGCCGACCGCAGCCACGUGCACGUCGCACGCAACGCCGUGUCACGCACAACGAGAAGCGCUAUCAUUCAGGAGGCCGGCUAGUACCUGGCGGGAUUGCCAGUCCCCCGGGAUCUGGCGGCUCCACCGGAAACACCGGGAACUCGAACUCGGCGGCUGCGAGACGCGGCAAUCGCAGACUGACGCGCAAUGAGAGCCGCUAUCAUUCCGAGGUGCGCCAGGAGGCGGUGCAGCAAGCUUUGGCGGCGAUGCAGGGUCGUCCAAAGCCAUCGUUGCCUAUGCCGUCGAAGAGAACCUCCGUGAUGGCCAGGAGUCCGGAUCGUGAACGUCGCGACAGUGGAGAAUCGAGCAGCGACGAGGACAGCGUCGUCACCGAAGAGAGUCCCGGUGCUGGUGGUCCAACAGGCACAGGAUUGUCGGAUACCAGCAGCACCGGUUCAGCACGAGACACGCCUCCGCCUCCGCGACCACCGGCUAGGAGACCUCCUGGUGCGGACAUCACGGACAUCGCUGAAUACGCUCCCCACGCUUACUGCAAUAUCCAGCCUCCGGACGUAACGCACACCAGCAACACACCGUCUGCCCAGCAGUCAACCAGGCGACCCGGCGCCGAUCGGGUCAAUCGUUACCACGUGGUAGAGGAUCAGAACAAUACAGGGACUACCGGUCGUUGGAAGGUAUCCGCGAAGAUUCAACAGUUGCUCAACACUCUGAAACGACCGAAGCGGCGACCGUUGCCAGAGUUCUACGAAGACGAUGAUAUAGAAUUGGAGAUUGCAGCUAAUCCGAAGGAUCCUAAUGCCCCUAAACCGGAGGGUGGUUCUAUGACCUCCGCGGUUGGUGAACCAUUGUCCGUGGCUGCGGGUUUACCUAGAUCUCUCGAGGCUGCUAUACAAAGGUACGGUUCAGCAUCGUACAAAGCACCAGUGGCAACCGUUCUAGAUCCGAACGGCAAACUUUGCGUAACGCUGACCUAUGGAAAACUUCUCAGUCGUUCUCAUAAAAUAGCCUAUACGCUGCUAAACAAGGCUCUAAGUCGUGGCGGCGAUUGCUGUCUGAAACCAGGAGAUCGGAUCGCGUUGGUUUAUCCAAACAACGACCCGAUUAGUUUCAUGUGCGCCUUUUACGGUUGCCUCCAGGCUGGCAUUGUACCUGUCCCGAUCGAGGUCCCGCUUACCCGUCGAGAUGCGGGUUCCCAGCAGAUUGGUUUUCUUCUGGGAAGCUGUGGAAUUCAGGUGGCGUUGACCAGCGAGGCUUGUCUAAAAGGCCUCCCGAAGACCGCGGCUGGCGAAGUGGUGGCUUUCAAAGGCUGGCCAAAGCUCCAUUGGUUUGUAACCGAACAUUUGGGUAAGACACCGAAAGACUGGCUACCGCCGCCUCGAUUAACCGACGACACACCAGCGUACAUCGAGUACACGACUGACAAAGAUGGCUCGGUGAUGGGAGUGACGGUGACCAGGUCAGCCAUGCUGGCCCAUUGUCGAGCUCUGACCCAAGCAUGUGGUUACACGGAGGGAGAGAACGCGGUAUGCGUAUUGGACUUCAAACGAGAGGUUGGUCUCUGGCACAGCACCCUGACCAGCGUUCUGAACGGGAUGCACGUGAUCUUUAUCCCGUAUGCCCUGAUGAAAGUGAAUCCAGCAAGCUGGAUGCAAAUGAUCACGAAACAUCGCGCCAGCGUGGCUGUGGUGAAGUCACGGGAUCUUCACUGGGGUCUACUGGCGACCAAGGAUCACAAAGAUAUCUCUUUGUCAUCGUUGAGGCUGCUGUUGGUCGCUGACGGUGCUAAUCCAUGGUCCCUUUCGUCUUGCGAUCAGUUUCUCUCGGUAUUUCAAUCUAAAGGCUUGAGACCGGAUGCUGUGUGUCCUUGCGCUUCCUCCAGCGAAGCGCUCACCGUUUCUGUGAGAAGACCGGGACGAGCUGGAGUGAACGCUACUGGGCGUGGUGUGUUGUCCAUGUCUGGACUGAGUUACGGAGUUGUCAGGGUGGAUCAGGAGAACUCGCUUACUUCUUUGACGCUUCAAGACUGCGGACAAGUCAUGCCUGGAAGUAUCGUGGUCGUGAUCAAGAUGGAAGGUCAACCGUUCAUCUGUAAAACCGACGAAGUAGGCGAAAUCUGUGUCCACAGUUCAGCGACUGGUAACCAAUACUGGGGAUUGCAAGGAUUGACGAACAACACGUUUAAAGUGUCUCCUCUGCAAGCUGAUGGAACUCCUCUUGGUGACGUGGAGUACACUCGUUCUGGUCUGUUGGGUUUCUUGGGUCCUGGUGGCCUAGUGUUCGUUUGUGGAUCUCGCGAUGGUCUCAUGACCGUCACCGGAAGGAAGCACAACGCUGACGACAUCAUAGCUACGGUACUGGCCGUCGAACCGAUGAAGUUCAUUUACCGUGGUAGAAUAGCCGUUUUCAGUGUACGAGUCUUGAGAGACGAAAGAAUAUGCGUCGUUGCGGAACAACGACCCGAUUGCAGCGAAGAAGAAAGUUUCCAAUGGAUGUCGCGGGUCCUUCAAGCGGUAGAUUCGAUUCACGCGGUUGGAAUAUACUGUCUAGCGUUGGUACCGCCGAACCACCUCCCCAAAACACCAUUAGGUGGUAUUCAUCUGUCGGAAACAAAACGACGCUUCCUAGAGGGUACCCUACACCCGGCUAACGUUCUACUUUGUCCGCACACUUGCGUUACCAAUCUACCAAAACCACGCGAAGUCCAUUCAGCGGGGGAUUCUGUUGCAGACGUUGGUCCGGCCAGUGUGAUGGUGGGCAACAUUGUUCAGGGUAAUAGAUUGGCUUCUGCUCAAGGACGCGACAUGGGUGUAUUGGACGAGGAUAGUGAUAACGCGAAAAAGUAUCAGUUCAUCUCGGAGAUUCUUCGAUGGCGUGCUGUCAGUACCUCCGACCAUGUAAUCUUCACGUCGCUGAACGCGAAAGGAGCAGUAGCAACAUCUUUAUCUUGCUCGCAAUUACACAAGAAAGCCGAACGAAUCGGGAAUCUUUUGUUGGAUCGCGGAAGAAUCAAUACAGGAGAUCACGUUGCGUUAAUAUUUCCGCCUGGUACAGACUUGAUAUGCGCAUUUUAUGGUUGUCUAUACGUUGGAGCCGUGCCAGUUACGAUCAGGCCACCUCAUCCGCAAAACCUUCAAACCACUCUGCCAACCGUUCGCAUGAUCGUAGACGUCAGUAAGUCUGUGCUCGUGCUGACGAAUCAAAAUAUCUUGAAACUGUUGAAAACAAAGGAGGCGAACAAUGUCGUUGACAUAAAGAGCUGGCCGACGAUUCUCGAUAUGGAUGACAUGCCAAAGAAGAAGCUACCUGUUAUGUAUCGAGCACCUACGGCGGAGAUGUUGGCUUACCUAGACUUCAGCGUCUCGACUACAGGCAUGCUUGCAGGAAUAAAAAUGUCUCACGCAGCAGUGACGUCUUUGUGCCGUGCCAUGAAACUAGCCUGCGAAUUGUACCCAUCUAGGCACAUCGCUCUGUGUUUGGAUCCUUAUUCUGGAUUAGGAUUCGCUCUAUGGUGUUUGAGCAGUAUAUAUAGCGGUCAUCAUUCCAUACUUAUACCUCCGUCGGAGGUGGAAGCCAACCCAGCGUUGUGGCUAUCGGCAGUUAGCCAGUCCCGAGUAAGAGACACGUUUUGCUCUUACGGUGUAAUGGAACUGUGCACAAAGGGGCUGGGUUCCUCUGUUCACGCUCUGAAAGCUAGAGGCGUCAGUUUAGCCUGUGUUAGAACGUGCGUAGUCGUUGCCGAAGAGAGGCCACGAAUCGCUUUGACCACGAGCUUUAGUAAACUUUUCUCAGCUUUGGGACUUAGUCCGCGUGCCGUGUCCACUUCCUUCGGGUGUAGGGUAAACACGGCUAUUUGCCUACAGGGUGCGUCGAGUCCGGAACCUUCAACUGUAUACGUAGAUCUUCGCGCGUUACGCAAUGAUCGAGUAUCUUUGGUCGAAAGAGGUAGCCCUCAUUCUCUGUGUUUGAUGGAAUCAGGAAAACUACUCCCCGGAGUGAAAGUAAUCAUCGCCAAUCCAGAAACGAAAGGACAAUGCGGUGAUUCUCAUUUGGGUGAAAUCUGGGUCCAGUCGGCUCAUAACGCCAGUGGUUAUUUCACGAUAUACGGUGACGAGAGCGAUUACGCGGAUCAUUUCAACGCCCGUUUGGUAACAGGAAACACGAACGAGGUGUACGCUAGAACUGGUUAUCUCGGUUUCUUGAGACGUACCGAGAGCGUUCAGCAGUCGGUUAUCAGUGACGUUCCCGGUGACACUUCCGCCGCGGAAGCGGAUCUCGUUCCCGGCGAUGCUGAAUUACACGACGCCGUGUUCGUCGUUGGCGCUCUCGACGAGGCUAUUCUUCUCAGAGGAAUGCGGUAUCAUCCGAUCGAUAUUGAGAAUAGCGUGAUGAGGUGUCACAAGAAAAUAGCAGAAUGUGCCGUAUUCACAUGGACCAACUUGCUGGUGGUGGUGGUAGAGCUUGACGGAAGCGAAAGCGAAGCAUUAGAUCUGGUGGCAUUGGUCACCAGUGCCGUUCUCGAAGAGCAUCAUCUGGUAGUCGGUGUGGUGGUGGUCGUGGAUCCCGGAGUGGUCCCGAUUAAUUCCCGUGGUGAGAAGCAACGAAUGCACCUGCGGGACGGUUUCCUGGCGGAUCAGUUGGAUCCUAUCUAUGUGGCGUACAACAUGUGAACGAUGUCAAAAGACGUGGCAAACUUAUUGCGUGCUGAACCACGCGAGACUGGUGUUGUAUUCUCCAGUACUCGGAAGUACUCUCGACUCGUAGUCACAAGCUGUAUUUCAAAUAGUCUUUCCUCGAGGAAGACGUUCUCUUCGGAAGAGACGAACUUGGAGUAUAUUACUAGGACUCUACGUAUUUUUAAAACAAACGUCGUCCCUAAACAAUCUGUAUUAACGAGCAUAUUCGAAUCUUUUAUUCCCACGUUAAUAAUGUAACGAAUGCAGCUUGUUUGCACUUGGAAAUUCGGAAUCGUCCAUCAUCCUGGAGGAUACAUGAUAUUUCUCUUUGUCAUGAUAUUCGAAGCAAUUUCGUGCGAACAAGCAUCGCGUAUGACAAACUGGGACACGAUAUUAAUAGACCCGUUUCGUACGUGAACCUCCGAUAGAAUCGACGUCUAGCAGAGAAAAUUCUGUAUGUAAAAUGAUUUAGAAACGAUACGCACAGAGCAUCGUCGAUGCUCAUAGGUGUUGAGAUGAUUUUACGUAAUUAUACGUAUUUUACCAACGAAGGAUUUAACGCGCAAAACUAUUCAGACUGUCACGAUUGAUAUACAGCUCAGAAUCGAGUUGGAAUCGUGAUUUUAUACAUUGUAUUUACCUGAAUGUUAAACCGACGAACAGUAUCAUUCAUCAUCAACGACCUCAGAACGGUAGUGAGCUUUUUUAUGAAUGAAAUAAUAUACAUGAAACGUAGACAGAGGUGAAUUUCAUAAAAGGAUUAUACUCUGUUGAAAGUGGAGAAUACAGACGUCUGUUAGAAGAAGUUAAAAGAAACGAGAAGAGAAUUUGAUACGCACUUUAUCGUAGACUGGUGUAGCUUAACGAUUUUUUACUACAUAAAGGUAACGAUUAGCUGAACGUAAUCAUACUAAUGUAAUGAAACGUAAACGGUUUUAACUGUCGACACAGGUAUUUUCUAACGUAUUUGACGCCGAAAUUUUCACGUGCAGGAUGUUUUAAAUUUAAAGGAUCAAACUUUCUUGCUACGUUUUCUAACAAAAUUUUAUUAUUUAAUUAUGAAAUACCCUGUACACGGUUCGCUAUCGCUCUGACUAAGAAUUUUAUGGAACUCCGUUCCGGGUCAAUUUUUCUGUUCUUGGUAUCGUACAACGAUAUUUUCAAGUAUAUAUCAAUUUGGAAUCUUAUUGUGUUUUCAAAUCGAUAAAAAAUAUUUCCUAUCGUUUAGCUGCGUCGCGCACAACACCGCACUUUUAUACCUCGAAUAUUCAUAUUUAUAUUCUGCGGCACGCGAUAAACACAGCGUCUGUAUACAUUGAAAACGUAUACUUUAUUCGUUAAUCCAUUCAGUUUACACAGGUGUUUAAUCCUUUGAAGGAGAAUGGCUCGUUUUGAGUCACUAUUGACAAUUUAUUGCGUGCUGAGAGGGUACACUUUGGAAACCAUUAGAAAACUUAUCACUUGGCCAAUUUUCUGAUAGUAAUAGCUUAACCGUAUUAAGGUUUUCGAAUUCGUAUCUCAGGGUUCUAGAUCGUUUUUAACUAAACAUUGAUAUAAAGAAGAAACAGAAAAAAAAAAAAAGAAAAAACUAUUUAGAACAAUCCCCUUUUGGACACUACGUUUAACCCUUUCGCUGCAGACGACGUAUAUACGCAUCAAUGUACUAUUCAUCAAAUUUCAGUGGUCUCUAGUGGAAGGGUUAAAAAAAAAUACAGAAAGUACAGAUAGCUAGUGGAUGGUUGAGUUCACUCAUAAAGAUUCUUAGUUUAGUCAGUACGAAAAAGUUACCCUCGAUAAUCAAGAAGAAAUCGAUGAAUUACAUGCGCGAAAAAUUUACACAAUUUUUCUCCUUUUGUUCUUCACAUUUUCAUUGCACAAAACUGGUCACUUCGACCAAAGCUCAAUCUUACGUACAUGUAUUGUGUUGCCGCAAUCGUCGACUUUCGGAUGGAAUUUAUUUAAAUCAACUUCUUUUUAUUUUACCCAUCGGUUGUAUUUUCAGUUUAACAAGAGCAUCGAAAUAAGUAAUUAAGAAGCGAUCUAAUCUAACAACGAGAACAAGAAACGUUAAUAAUUUAUAAUUUAUCGUUGGCCUAUAUUUUGAAAAAGAUUUUUGGCACACCUGUUGUACCAAAUGUUAUCCAGAUCCGAAAGUCGACGAUGCAUUCCCUCGUUCCCUUGACAAGUUUUAUCAUUUUCGAGACAUUGUCUGUCGACGUGUACAUUUGUUGAUAGUUUUAUAAUUUUAUAUAUUCUUAUUUUAAUAUAACGACAGAGAAUUGCAGCUAGUGUAGUGUUUCAGAUACACUACGCCCAGAAAGACUUAUCGCGCGAAUCGUGUUGCGAUUUAUGACGAGACAGGUUUUGCGAUACGCGUGAUACGCGAAUUGUAACAAUUAACAAUUAACACUUUCGUGACCGAUCAAUCUGAUGCGAUCAUUAAUCUGAGAGUAGUAAAACUUUUCAAUGAAAGAUAGGAAAAUAAAAUUGGCAAAUCUAUUUUCCAGUUACCAUUGAAACUAUAAAUGAAAUGAAAUGAUAAAUUUGUAAAGUUUUAAAAUAAAAAAACGGUCACGAGUGUGUUAAUUACAUCCCAGAUGUCCAUUUACAGGCGUCUUGUAAAUACGUAUGAAAACUGGCGAAUUAAUUAGGAUUCCUUUACUUUUGCGACGCGUCUUACAGUCUUGAGAACCUGUUGUACUUGUAUGUCAACAAAUACAAUGCUGUCGUUCGUUUAUAACGUUACACUAGAACCUUCAGUAUCCAACGAAUCGUCGACGAAUGUCCACGACAGGAAGAUAACAUGUAAAACGUUUCAAGUGCAAAGGGUUGUAAGUACCGUAUCCGUUUCCUCUACUUUUUCUUUUUUAAUAAUUAAGCUAUCGUGCCAUGUCACCUUGCGUUCUUUUGCGCUUGAACACUUUUCUUUCCAACAAAGAGAGAAAAAUAAAAAGGGUUCGUGCGUGCGUGGAAACGAAAUCGUAUCAAUGUGCAGCAUUAAGGGUUUUCUUAUUUUUUAUGGAAUUUGCAAUAAAGAGAAGCCCGUUUUGUUAUUUAUUGCGUAGAAGUAAAUAUCGUCACGUCAGGUCUCAUCGAUAGAAUUGUUUACAUUAGCACAGCUCGGUUCCGUUAUGAUUUCUCAAGUACAAAUCGAAAUCGUAUUCCCCUCACUCGACUCGUUCGUUUACCCACGUGUAACGUCUAUUUAACAAUUUCUUACGUAUUUCUGCUGGUUUUUUUUUUUUUUUAUCGAGCUAAUUCUAUAGACUGAGAGCAAGUGAAAGGGUUUCGUUUGAAUUAGCAGUGAUAUACGUAUACCCAUUUCGUAUCGCUGUACGAGCGAAAAUUAUCGGACAGGUUUUGCUAAAUAGAAUCGUACGAUGUAAUCAUCGGAUAAUCGAAUGAAAAUGGGCGAGAAAAAGAACGUCGACAUCCGACCCAACGAGUGAGACUGAUGAGAGUGCGUGUGCGAGGAACUUGGUUGUAUUAUGUAUAAAUGUUGAUAAUUAGUUGAUAGGAAUGUGUGAGGAACACUUGUCUCAUCGUUUUACGAUCGCGAAGAUGAAGAAGUUCAUUUCUUCGGAGUCCAGUGAAACAAUUCUUUAAGAAAACCCUGUCGCGUGUAUAACCCUGGACCUUCUGAAAAUGGUCCUAGGCUGUGUAAAUAUAUUACGCCCCCUCUCAUCCCCUUGUACCCUUGCGUUAGAAGUUACUAAGGUACGAUAUAGUUUGUACGUUAAAGUAUAUAUAUAUAUAUAUAUAUAAAUAUUACCACGGAAUUAUUAUAAAUGUAAACGGUCACAGUCCUUAACAAGCCCGUAGCAUUUUGCCUGUAUCAAUCGAAACGAGAAUUAUUAAUGUUUCGUGUAUAACAUCCCCCUUUUUUCCGGUUACCAAAAAUCCCUCUUCCUUCAUCCUUGCCCCUCCUCGUCUCUUCGUUCGAGACACUGCGAGAGGGAUGGAUAAGAAGAGGGUAAACUUGGCGAAAUCGAAAUAAGAAAAAAGAGAAGAAGAAACGGACGAUAGAGAAGGAACGUCGUAGCAAUUUUUAUUAUAUAGGGUGUUCAGCUGGGGAUGAACUUUGGGAGGAUGAUAACUGGAGUGAUUCUGAACAAUUUUUUCCUUUACCAAAAUGCUCGUCAAGGCUUAGUUUUUGAAUUAUUAAUGAAAAACACUCAAGCAAGGAGUGUGCACAGCGCGCAGGCGCAACCACGGGAGUGUCGGGUACGAACCGACGUACACCGAGUAGUUUGUUCGCGAGCUCAGUUCGUAGCCGACACUCCCGUGGCUGAGCUCGCGCGCUCUGAUCGCUUGAUGUCUUUUUUAAUUAAUAAUAAAAUUAUUCAGAAUUACCAUAGCUACCACCUUCUCAAACCACCCUUAGUCGAACAUCCUGUAUAGUCCGUAGCGGACUUUUUUUCGUUUUCGUUUUUGUCAAAGUAAAGAGAGGAAGAAUAUGAAAGAAACACAGGAUGAACGACGUCGACACUCGAUCGAGUUCCGUCGUUUCGCUAAAUAAAUGUUGCUAAAGUGAAUUAAUCCGACAACUUCGAACCCAAGCGCCUCUUUGUAAUCCACUCGAUAUUCACGAGGAGCUUCGCGAGCUACCAUCAAUAAACGUAAUGUACAUUUUUUUGCAACGAG